AUGUUGUUCGUUCUCUUAGGAUUGUGCUUCCUAGUGGUGAACGCCAGCGUUGAAUAUCCUGAAGCACUCAAAAAAUGUCUCACCUAUGAAGCGCUGAGUAAGUGGUAUAUGGAUUUGCAUGGAAUGUACAAUCCCAAUUUGGACUGGAGCAACGAACUGUCGUAUGAAGCUUGCUAUGACCUAGUGGGUUUGGAGCCCAACAAUAUCUACGUUAGGUUGGAAUCCCAAAGGAAUUUCGCUGGUAACAAACGCAAGUGGCCGCUCAUCAACAAAGUGCGAUCGACGCUCAUAGCUGGACGUGCAAAAGAUAAAGUGAGUGGCCUCGCUCCACGAACGGAAUAUGGAUGCAAUGGCUUGUUCGAAGGUGACAACCUAAAAAUUCUGUGCCUUUACAGGUCGUGA